AUGGUGGACGGUACGAAGCUUCCUAUCCACGGCGAAGCAUCACUGCAGCUGCAUAUAGGUGCGUUGAGGUGGAAGCCGAAGCUACCUGUCACCAACAUCAAAGGGUUAGAUUUUAUCUUGGGGCGAGAUUUCCUGAAGCGGUUCAACCCCGAGAUCGAUUGGGUCAACAGCAAGGUGUGCAUCUACAACAACGGGAAGCGGAUAGCACUACGAAGCUGGACGGAUACAGGGGAUGUUCCUGAAACGACACUGGCACGGUUCGAACAGACGGUGAACGAGAGUAACACGGGUUCCUUAGCACUGGUCAUGGCAGCAGUAGAGAAGCCGGGUUCCGAGCUACCCGCAGCAGUGAAGGAGGUCUUGGAGCAGUACAAGGACAUAAUGCCCAACGACCUACCUGCAGGCGUACCUCCAGCACGCACCCACAAGCACGAGAUCGUGGAGGAACCAGGUGCGAAACCCGUCUCACGUGCACCUUACAGACUGAGUCCGACCGAGCUGACAGACAUGAAAAAACAGAUCGAGUAUUUACUGGACAGACAACUGAUCCGCCCAUCCACCUCUCCCUACGGCGCACCAGUUCUCUUCACUCCAAAACCAGACGGCAGUUUACGGAUGUGCAUCGACUACCGCGCACUGAACAAACAGACAGUCAAAAACAAAUACCCCAUACCGCGCAUCGACGACUUACUGGACCAACUGCGUGGUGCAACAGUCUUCUCGAAGCUAGACCUACGGUCGGGUUACUGGCAGAUCAAGAUGGCGGACAACUCGAUCCACAAGACGGCGUUCCGUACGAGAUACGGCUCCUACAAAUACUUGGUGAUGCCGUUCGGACUCUGCAACGCACCAGCGACGUUCCAGGCGGAGAUGAACCACAUCCUUCGACCCCUGCUGGACGAGUGCGUAGUAGUAUACCUGGACGAUAUCCCCAGAGCUCGUGGAUCAUCUACGGAAGGUGUUCGAGAUCCUGCGGAAAAACAAGUUCUACGUGAAGCUCUCAAAGAGCGACUUUGCACUGAAGAAGGUGCAGUUUCUCGAGCACAUGAGAACGUGAAGGAGUUGCAGCAGUUCAUGGGCUUCGCCAACUACUACAACAGGUUCGUGCCGCAGUAUGCUAAGAUAGCAGCGCCACUGACCGACCUACUGAAAAAGGACACGCCCUUCAAAUGGGGUGCUCCUCAUCAGCAAGCCAUGGAACAGCUACAGACAGCACUGACCACAGCACCAGUACUCAUCCUACCGGACCCCGAGAAGGACUACGUAGUUGAAGCAGAUGCUAGUGACCAGGCAGUUGGAGCAGUACUGAUGCAGGAUCACGGGAACGGUUUACAGCCUAUCGCCUACCUCAGUAAGAAGUUACACGGAGCAGAACUAAACUACCCCAUCCAUGACAAGGAAGCCUUAGCCAUAGUCGUAGCCUUCAAGGCAUAG